CAACUCAGAAACAGUUGAAGUUCACUCACAUCUUGGCUGGUGCUACUGCAUUUGGAAAGAACAUUUUGCCAAGAUUAGCUGCAAAACUUGAUGUGUCUCCUAUUUCUGAAAUAAUUGGUGUGGAGAACGAUAGCACAUUUGUUAGAACAAUCUAUGCAGGAAAUGCAAUUCAGACAUUGCAUUCGAAUGAGCCGGUGAAAAUUAUUACUGUCAGAGGGACUUCCUUCGAGGCAGCACCAACUGGAAGCAGUGCUCCUACAGAGAAAAUUUCUGUCGAAGUGGUGAAAAGUCAAGUGUCUGAGUUUGUUGGUCAGGAGUUGAGUAAAAGUGACCGUCCUGAACUGACCAGUGCCAAGUCUGUUGUGGCUGGAGGGCGAGGCAUGAAAAGUGGAGAGAACUUCAAGCUGUUGUAUGAUCUGGCAGACAAACUGAAUGCAGCUGUAGGAGCAUCUAGAGCAGCCGUCGAUGCUGGCUUUGUACCCAACGACUUGCAAGUGGGUCAGACUGGAAAGAUUGUUGCUCCGGAACUCUACAUCGCAGUAGGCAUCUCUGGGGCUAUACAACAUCUGGCUGGCAUGAAAGACAGCAAAGUUAUUGUGGCCAUAAACAAGGACCCUGAAGCCCCUAUCUUUCAAGUUGCAGAUUAUGGACUAGUUGAAGAUCUGUUUACGGCCGUUCCAAAAUUGACAGAGCUGCUCAGCAAGAAGUAA